AUGUGGGACGCUUGGUCCAACGGUAGAGAGCCGCCUAGUGCAAUACCUGGUUUCCCCGAGCUACUUCCCAGAGCAAGUGGAACUUCCAACAUCCCAAUAAAUUACUCGAACACCCCACUUGGAUAUCCCACCAUCUCAGCCCAUUUCUCCGGAACGCCUUCUGAGGUUCGCCCCCAGGCAUUGAUUUCGGGAGUGGCUUCUAAUAUAUUCACCGCACCACCAACCUCGGCUAUGGCACAGCCAACUUUGCCCAGGCCAAGUUUUGAUCCAUCAUCCUUUACUUUCCAAGUACCAUCUUUUCCAUCAGAUACAGCUCAUUUCACCACCAAUUCUUACCCUCAACAACCUCGGUAUGAGUUUACCGCGGGACCAGAGAGAGCUACAAAGAAUCCCGAGCAGGAGGAAAUCACUCAAAAAAUGAGAAGCAUGGAACAAAGCCUCAAGAAUAUACAAGGUUUAAGUGGCCAGAAGAGUGUAUCCUACGCCGAUUUAUGUAUGUUCCCGCAUGUUCAUCUGCCCAUUGGUUUUAAGACUCCCAAGUUCGAAAAGCAUGACGGGCACGGGGACCCUAUAGCCCACCUCAAGAGGCAAUUUCAGUACAACAUAGACAUAGCUCCAGACAGAAAUUCUCUGUCUAAUCUCAAAAAGAAGUCUUCGGAGAGUUUCCAAGAAUAUGCUGUCAAGUGGCGCGAACAAGCUGCCAGGGUGAAACCCCCAAUGGAUGAGACCGAGAUGGUCAGUGUGUUCCUACAAGCCCAAGAGGCUGACUACUUCCAGAACAUGAUGUCUGCAAUGGGAAAGCCGUUUGCUGAGGCUAUCAAGAUUAGGGAGAUGGUCGAAAAUGGUUUGAAGACAGGCUGCAUAUUGAGCCAGUCUGCUAUUAGAGCUACGUCCCAAGCAAUCCAGAGUGGGUCAAGGGGUGUAGCAAACAGAAAGAAGAAAGAAGAAGUGGCGAUGGUGGCUUCAAGUCUGAGAAACCCUGUCAACCCCGAGGAUGUGGCUUAUUCCAUGACUCCUCAGCCUUAUGCGGUGAUGAAUGCCCAGCCAUACGCUCGACCACAACAACAGUUUAACCAAAAUCGAGCUCCACUUCCUAGAAAUAACCCUCCUCACCAUGCUCCAUAUAGUCCCCGACCCCCACAAAAUAAUUUUCCAUACAAUGCCCGUGCCCGGGAGCCACCCAGAAGAACCAACUUCACGCCCAUUGGAGCGGAAGGGCACGACACUGAAGACUGUUGGACUCUUAAAAGGGCGGUCGAAAGUCUAAUAGAGCAAAAGCAGAUAGUGCUGAAAGAUGAAGAGGUCCCCAAUGUGACCAAUAACCCAUUGCUGGCUCACAACAAUGGGCCAGUUAUUGGGAUGAUUUGUGAGGAUAAAGAGUUUGACCAAAAUUUAAAAGCUAUCAUUGCUAUCGCCGAUGUUGAAAAGAAGCCAAAGGCGGUUGCAUAG